UCCGCUGCCGGGCGCGCAACUCCAAUUUAAUUACUGCUCUCGCAACGCUCUUUGUUUUAUUGCCAUGGUCAGCCGGCAUUGGACCACGUUAGUAUCGCUUGUUCUAGUCGGUCGCAUUUUGGCCAGCGAUCUGUUCUCCCUGCCACCUGCCACGAACCACAGCGAGGAGCUGUUGGAGGACUAUGGCCAGUUCCUACUGUCAACCAUGAACCGGAGCAUCGACCCGUGCGAAAACUUUUACGAGUUCAGCUGCGGCGGGUGGAAGAAGGCGGAUGUGGUGCCGGCAGAGGCCAGGAACACGAGCUUCCUCCACGCCAUCCAGCACAAGAUCGACGAGCAGAUCCUGGGCUUCCUGCAGAACGCCACCAAGCGAGAGCUGGAGGAUCUAGGUGUCAACGGAACCAAGUCUGCGGAAACCAAGGCCAAGCAGUUCUAUGCCAGUUGCAUCGAUGUAAAGGCCAACCUGUCGCUGGCCUACCAGUAUUUUCAAGGACUUGACGAGGAUCGCCUCAAGGACUCCAACGCGACUUUCGACUGGAUGUACAUAAACUUCAUGUCAAAGUAUGACAUCUACCCUCUGGUGCCCCUGAAAGUCCACUACAACACCGCCACUAGGAAGUUCGACGUACUCCUGUCGCCGCCCAUGAAAGUCCUCUCCGGCUUCAGUGAAGAGCAAAUAAAAAACAUGACCAGGGAGUUUGGCUUGGACGCCAGUGCGGACAAGGCCAAGCAGUUCAUUGAGAACUUCAACAACCUCACAAGAUUCGAAAGAAACCUGACUUCCAUGACCAAGUUGCGAAACGAAACCGAACGCCUCAGCUUAAAGGACUUCCUGGCCAAGCACAAGCAGGAUCGCUUGAACUGGACGCGCUUUUUCGAGCUGGCUUUCAACGGCAGUCAGGAUCUUCAAUGGCCAGUUCUCAAUCAGCUGGACAAUGUCAACGACUUGGUUUACUUUGUAGAGCAGUCCGAUCUGGACACACUGAAGAGUUACGUCCAACUGCGUGAGCUCCUCAAGUUCUAUGCUCUGUGGAAGACACAGACUAGGAGCGGGGGAGUUUCGAGUGAAUGCCGCUCCCUGGCGGAAACCUACUUCAACUACGCCCUCUUGCCUUGGUUCAUAGGAAAGGUCUUCGACAAGGACCGACGGGCAGAUAUACUGAGCAUCGCCAAGGACAUCAAGGACACGUUCUACGACCUCCUCGAUCACUACACCUGGUUGGAUGACGAGACGCGGUCGCAGGCCAAAACCAAACUGGCUUCUAUGGACGUUUUGGUCGGCUACACAGAUGACUUGCAGCAUCGGGAGGUGAUAGAUCAGGUGUAUGCGGACAUCAAUAUGACCAACAAUUGGUUCGAGAACCUCUGCAUCCUGGAGGGCAGUCGAGCCAGGAUACGGUUGCGCUCGGUGGACAAGGCCCUCAUCCCGCUGCUGAUGCCGACGAGGACCGUCAACGCCUACUAUGCGGAUUUCCUUAACCUGGCAUUCAUCACCAUUGGCAUGGCCCAGUGGCCCUUCUACCACCUGGACUUCCCCGAUGUGCUCAAAUACGCCGGAGUGGGAAACAUUAUAGGCCACGAGAUGGCCCAUGGCUUCGACUCGUACUGCUAUCAGUACAACUACGACGGCAAGAAGAUCAACUGGUGGUCGUCAGCUUCCCUGAGGAACUUCAAGGAGCGCUAUCGCUGCCUGGAGUCCCAAUACAACAAGUUCAUCCUGAUGGGCGUGCAAACCAACGGCACUCUCACCUCCGGCGACAACAUAGCCGACAACGUGGGCACUCGGAUGGCGUACUACGCCUACAAGCGGAAGAGCGGGGACAAGGCUUGGUCGGAGAAACCUCUGCGGGGAGUGAACUUCACCAACAAGCAGCUGUUCUUUGUGAAAUUCGCUCAGACCUGGUGCAACGGCAAGGACAGUGGCGAGAAGCUCCGGAGGCUCAAGACGGAUGUCCAUGCCUAUGACGAGUUUCGGGUGCAGGGCACUCUCAGUAACAUGCCUGAGUUCAGCGAGGCCUUCAACUGCAAGCUGGGCACCGAAAUGAAUCCCCUCAAGAAGUGUGUGGUGUGGUAA